AUGUCUAAAGUGAAGAAUCUAAUUGCCAAAAUGUUGCAACGACGUGUCAAGUGCAACAGCAGCAGCAGCGUCGGCAACAACAAUAAUAACCACAGCGAUUGCAUGCGCUACGAUAGUCUCGAGGAGAUUGCGCAAAAUCAGGCUAACGAGCGCAUGCAGCAGGAGAUGAGCACACAUCAAUUGAUGUUUUGCCUGGAAACCGCAGACGGCAGUUUUUAUUGGCAUGCACAGUAGCAGCAGCAGCAGCAGCAACAUCAA